CCUAACAAUAACGAUAGGAUUGAUGAAGCUCAUUGUUAGGUUUGGAAAUUUGCUCUUGCCACAACGGGUCACAUGAAAAAGCAGAUCUACAACUUAUGUAUGGGAGCAAUCCCAUCCUGCAAGUAUUAAUGAACCUAACGUUUCCUAGCGUUGAGUCACACCGGGCGCCAUCUUUCUUUUAUCAUCCCUAUUGUAUAUAAAGCAGCGAGGGGCGGCGGUGGCUGGUGCGGCAUUCGUGAGCGUCUGAAGGGUUUCAUUGGAGAUUAAGAAAGAAAGGGUAGUUUCGAGGAAGUGACGGACGGCGCUCGGAAGACUGGUCAGAGGAAGUUUGCUCGAUAAUGGUGCCGUGCGGCUGAACGAAACUUUUUCCCCUCUUGAGCGCCAGCGGAGUCGUGGAUCGGGACGGAAGGAUCCAGCAGGGCGGCCGGGGGGAAGCUUUUGUUUCCUCGCCACAUUUGCAGCUCUGAGGAAUAACUUGAGGGCUGGGAGAAAGAAAGAGAGGGUCGCAGAGAAAUUUCAUUCCCUACAACCAACCCCCCUCUCCCUCUGUCUUUCCCGUUCUUUCCCCAGCGCCUCCUGUUUUAUUUUUUUCCCUGGGAUUAGCGAUGGGGAAGGAGCAGGAGCUUCUGGACGCGGCGCGCACGGGGAAUCUGGCCGCGGUGGAGAAGCUUUUACCCGGGAAGCGACAAUCCGCAGGCGGAUCGUCUGGGAGCGCAGGAAGCGGCAACAGCAGCGGGAGCAGCCACGGAGCUUCCUCCCAUCCGCUCUCCAGUCUGCUCAGCAUCUGGAGGGGCCCCAAUGUGAACUGUGUGGACAGCACUGGAUACACGCCUUUGCACCAUGCUGCCCUCAAUGGACACAGUGCUGUGGUGGAGGCGCUGCUACGAAAUGAGGCCUUGACCAACAUCGCCGACAACAAGGGCUGCUACCCGCUCCAUCUGGCUGCGUGGAAGGGAGACGAGCGCAUCGUAAAACUUCUCAUUCACCAAGGACGUUCAAACCCCCAGAUCAACGAGCAGAGCUCUGUAGACCAUAAAGAGUUCAAACGCUGUGGGCCCUUUGACCCCUAUAUUAAUGCCAAGAACAACGACAAUGAGACGCCGCUGCACUGUGCCGCUCAGUACGGCCACACCCAGGUGGUGCGCCUGCUGCUAGACGAACUGACGGACCCCACCAUGAGGAACUACAAGUUCGAGACCCCAUUGGAUCUGGCCGCACUGUACGGUCGACUGGAGGUGGUCAAGCUGCUGCUCAGCGCCCACCCCAACCUGCUCAGCUGCAACGCAAAGAAACACACACCUCUGCAUCUGGCCUCUCGGAAUGGACACCUGUCUGUGGUGGAGGUGCUGCUGGAUUCUGGCAUGGACAUCAACUAUGAAACAGAGAAAGGCAGUGCCCUCCAUGAAGCCGCCUUGUUUGGAAAGAAAGAUGUGGUACAGAAACUACUCAGUGCAGGUAUCGAUGUAAAUAUUUUUGACCAAAAGGGACUGACGGCGCUGGACACUGUCAAAGACAUGCCAUCCCAGAAAAGCAGAGAAAUAGCUGCACUCAUCCUGGGGCACAAGGCUGGAAAACCACCGGACAUUGAACUUCCUCCUCCGCCCAUUCCUCCACCUCAGGAGAGCCCCAGCCCGAGUAAGAAAGGUAACCUGGACAAAGUGACGGAGCUCAUAUCAGGGCUGGCCCUGGGGCCCGAGGAGGAGAGUCCCUAUGAAGCUCUGUUUGAAGCCACAUCGUGCCACUCUUUAGACAGCCUCACUAGUGGCAAGUCCUCCGACAGGGACUCAGGACGGCCAGACAGUGAAGUUGGCAAGAAAGAUCGGGUUGCCCACUCAUCACAUGUUGCUCCAGGUCAUGAAGAAGAGAUGAGCUCAGAGGUUCUUUAUUUAGGUAGCAGCACGGAUCAGAGGAGAGAGCCAGCAGAGGUACAGGAGGAUCACACGUACGAGUUGCUGCUGACCGCAGAAACCAAAGUCCCACCGCCCAAUCUGGAGUCCCAGUCCAAUAAAGAUGAAAAUGCCUCUAAACAGUCUUCCAACAGUAUCCUACCUCAGCGCAAAUCCUCUGUGCCCCCCAAUGACCUCAGACCCCCAAGUAAGACGGCAGACAGCCUACACCCUCCUGCCCGGAUCGCUCCACGAGCACCAGGAGAUAACUCACAGCCAAGCCAGGAUCAGGCAGCAGGUGUCCCAGAGCAGUUCACUGGCCUGUUGCACGGAUCCUCUCCCGUCGUCGACAGCCGUGAGGACGCCUUCAGUCUUCCAGGUGUUCUGCCGCCCAACCAAGGCCAGUCGGAAACAAGGAAACCCGCCAAAGGGAAAGAGGAGCCACCGGCUGCUUCGCGUUCCCCUUGCCGACCCAGCAUGGCCGCAAUCCUGACAGACUGCGAUCCGAAAGCGAUUUAUGCCACUGUGAACAAGGAGCCCAGGGACGCCACGGCGGGAGCAGGAUCUGGCGUCAGGAUGCGCCCUCCGGGCGACCUGAAGCUGGCCCGCAGCCUCUCCAAAUCCGACUCUGACUUGCUCGUGUCGCCUCCCGGUGAGGAGGAAGGGGGGCUGGGAUACCGGAGCGAGUCUGUUUCUAACUGUAGUGCCGGCAAAAAGAGGCUGGAGAAGUCUCCCUCCUUCACCUCAGAAUGGGACGAGACUCAGAUGUCUUCUUCUUCUUCUUCCCCAAAACAAGGAGGAUGUGACUCCACUGAGAGCAUCGAGAAGAUCAUGACUCUAAUUGGAGCGGGCAUUGAUUUCUCCAGAGAUCAGCAUUAUGAUACUCCAGCAGGUGCUGCAGGCCGGCUGCUGGACCAGCCCGUGGGGGACUGGCUGGAGCACGUGGGGCUGCCGCAGUACGAGAGCAAACUGCUGCUGAACGGCUUUGAUGACCUCCACUACAUGGGGAACAAUGUGAUGGAGGACCAAGACUUGAGGGAGAUUGGAAUCACAGAUCCGAGCCACAGGAAGAAGAUCCUGCAUGCAGCACGCUCCUUACCAAAGGUGAAAGCCCUGGGAUGCGACGGUAGCAGCUCCCUCUCCGCCUGGCUGGAGAAUCUGGGUCUGCACGAGUACCUGCCCAACUUCCUAGACAGCGGCUACUGCAGUCUGGACUGUGUGAAAAACCUUUGGGAGCUGGAGAUCGUCAAUGUGCUUAAGAUUACUUUGCUUGGUCACAGGAAACGCAUCAUAGCCUCCUUAGCUGAAAGGCCUUAUGAGGAGCCUCCUGUCAAACCUCCUCGGUUGUCUCAAAUCAGGUGUCAGGACCUGCCAGGAUCCCAGACCUCGUCUCCUCUCAGUCACGUGGAGCCCUACAGCGGUCGCUCCAUGGACCUGCUGCUGCCUGCAGCAGAACCGGGCAGGAAAAAAGCUCCAGAAGCAGAUUACGACGUCGCCCAAAGACAUCAAAGUGGAAGGAAAAAGCCUCAGGAGCGAUAUGAAGAAAUUCAUCAGGAGCCUCGACUGACCUUACGACCUCCGAGUCUAGCAGCAUACGCCCCCGUCCAGAACUGGCACCACCAGCCUGAGAAACUCAUAUUUGAAUUUUGCGCCUAUGAAGCCAGUUAUCUUGGUUCUAUGCUGAUUAAAGAUCUGAGGGGUAUUGAAUCCACGCAGGAUGCUUGUGCCAAAAUGCGGAGAUCCACAGAACAAAUGAGAAAAAUCCCAACUAUCGUUCUGUCGAUCACUUACAAGGGCGUGAAGUUUAUAGAUGCAGCGAACAAGAACAUCAUCGCAGAGCACGAGAUCCGUAACAUAUCAUGUGCAGCCCAGGAUCCAGAGGACCUGUGUACGUUUGCCUACAUCACUAAAGACCUGCAGACCAGCCACCAUUACUGCCAUGUCUUCAGUACAAUAGAUGUGAGCCUGACUUAUGAGAUUAUCCUGACGCUGGGCCAGGCGUUUGAGGUGGCCUAUCAGCUGGCUCUGCAGGCCCAGAGGACCAAACAGCAUCAGGGCCUCCCUGCGGGAAGCAGCUCGGACGUCAAUGAAUCCAAGUCCAGUCGACCUGUGCCCAGACCGCGAGGGAGUGUUCGGAAGUCAGGGAGAGACAUACUGGACCAAGAAGGGGACUCACAGCCUGGUGCCACCUGGCUCGUGGAUCCAAAGGAAUCUAAACGCUCAAUCAGCACUAAGUAUGAGACCACCAUUUUCUAAACGGACCCCUGUUCUCCUCCUCAUCCUCAUCCUCCUGGGCCUGGCUGUUCCUACUUCCCUCCUCCUGUGUGCCUUUCACUGUGACUCAGCCAUUUCCUUUGCGCUGGACGUCCACUUCCCCUCACCUCCUCACAGCACAGCCUGUGACAGCUAACCAGCCUCUGUUGCUCCUUCUCUGAGUUGAACCUUCACCACUUCUACACUCUGCAUUGAUUGUUAUCGCAAUCACUCAAAAAGUCUGCCACUAACAUAUUUUCCUUUAACUUGCCCCUUCCCUUUCUUUCCCCUUCGACUGCAAAUGUACUGUUUUCCUCUCGGUGAUGAGCUCUUUCUUUUCCGCUACAUCAGGCGACGGCCGCUCUGAAGCUUUUUCACUCUGAUCUUUCGUCUCUUGACUUCACUGAGUGCUGAGAAAAAUCUGAGAACUCACCCGCUGCGCUCAUCCCAUUCCCGUAUGGAUGUUUCCAGGAGAAAACUGUGGAUCUGCUCUCCUAACUCUAUGCAUCCAUCAGGCUUUAGCAGGCUGCUCCUCUUUAGUGGGAGUGCAAGUGUUUGGGAGGUUUAUUACUAUUAGCCGCUUGCUUAAAGCCACGCUGAGGUCUUGUAGCACUGUGAGGAGCUUGCUUAGGGGGGAUUUGUUCUUAGAAAGAGGACAUGACACAGCAAAAAGUCCAAAUUAACGUGCCUUGCAGAAGUGUUGAUCUCCAUGCAAUUUUUUUCACAUUUUGUUAAGUUGCAAAAACAAACUUCAAUGUUUGUUUUUUUAUUGUGCAUUUAUUUGUUGAAAACAAAUCAUAACUUAUGCAUGUUCUUAAUUUUUUUCCUAAUUAAAAUCUGAAAAGAGUUGCAUGUGUUUGUAUUAAGAUUUUAUAUUGUAGCUCAAGCUCAGAUUGGAUGAAUUCCAUCUAUGAACUUUUUUUUGAUAUGCCAUUUGCUGUGUCCCCUAUGUUGCUUUUAAGUCGGACUUUAUGUGUAAAAGUUGUCUUUUUAACAUUAUCCUCCCACUUGAGCUGUGCACCUCUCCAACUCCUCCAGAGUUACAACUGGCUUCCUGUCACUAAAGGUCAGCUUUAACAAGCUUUCCUGUACUUCCUAAAUAAAAGCUUCUCCAUGACAUGAUGAUAGUCGAGUGAAAGUCUAUAAAAAGGCAUCGGACAUUUAGGUUUUAAAAUGACAACAUAUUAAACUUGUGUGAAUACUUUUGCAAGGUACUGUAUAUUUGGACUGGUGUGCUCUAAUUUGUUCCGUCAGAGCAACAAAUUAGCUCUGAUUAGGGUACAAAAAUCGAUGUUGUAACCUAUUGUUGAGCAAUAGGGUACAACAUCAUCUACAGCCAGAUGAUGUUUUUCUACAUCAUCUGGCUGUAGAAAAACAGCCAGAUGAUAUUUCAACAGUGAACUGAUGGUAAUUAAGCACUUUUACAAUUUAUUUGUAUAAAAAUAACAGCAUUUCCUCUGUGUAGCUCUCCCUUAUUUUCACUACAAAAGCCUUCAGUAUUCAUCCUGUCUGCAUUGCCUUUCUGUAAUAUUGCCAAUGAUACUUGUUAAAUACAUAAUUGCUGCUGGAAAAAAAAGAGUUAAGCAUUACAUAAAGGGAGGAACAGUUUGUAUGAACAUGUGUUUUCUGUUUUCACUCCAUUUUAAUCAUCUUACACUGUGUGCAUGUGUCUGCGUGUCCCUCCCUCCUCUCUUAGCUGAAUGUUGCUGCUCCUCCCAUUAAGCGAGCCGGGACGGGAAUGGACCCCGUCGCAUGAUGGGGAUGAGCUGGCAGUUUUUUGUGUUUUUGAUCCAAAAAGUGAUGAGCAGCAGCUCAUCACGUCAUCAGUCCGAUCAUGCUCGCUGCACACAUGCGGACCUGGAGACAAAGAUGAGGCUCCACUCCCUUUCAUCUGACCUCUCCACACAUCUGCCCAACAGAGUGUGGCAGCGUCUCCCCUCUCCAUGCAUUCACAAGCUGUAGCCUCCCUCGCAGAGACUUGGUGUUCACUGUUUGAGAAAACAUACCUGCGUGCUCCAAUGCAGAAAUCUGUAGCAAAAGGAGAAGUGGCAGGAGUGAGAAUAUUGAUCUUUUUUUUUUUUUUUUUUUUUUUUUUUUGAGAGAGAGAGUGAGACCUCACACUGUACGCACAGACUACCCUUUGUGUUCAGAUAUUGGAGCUUCUCUCCAUAACCAUCAGCCUAGUAUAUUCCUGCAUGGGAGAAACAUUUUAACCAACACUACAAAGGCUAUCUCUCAAUGAAAUCCCACUUUUAUUUCAUUCGAUUCUUAUUUUGUUGGUUUUAUUCAUUUUAUGGAACUGCUAGUGUCCUAAUGCUGGAACUGGAUCAUGACUGGUGCCGUCUUCUUUUUCCUUCCCCCAUUGUUUAAUUUAAUCCUACCAAGAUUAUUCACCAAAACCUGCCAUGCAGGCUGGUACGACUUUAUUUUUUAAGCUGCAGAACAGAACAAUAGGGUACAACAUGUUUGUCCAGGUAACUCCCUGUACGUUGACUGUUAAUGGUACUAUUGGGUGUAUCAGUGUGAGUCUGGGUACUUAACGGUUUAACUGUUGUAUGUGUGACGACACACUGGUGCGCGCCCUCUUUAGCAUCCCUGUGUGGGCACCUUUAGCCAUCAGCCUGAUCCAGUGCUGCUUUUGCACAUUGCCAAGGAUCAGGAGACAUUUUUUGGAACUUAUCUGAUAUGUUGAGAAUGGAAAUGUACGUGAUUCUAGAGCAGUCUGUAUUUUCAUACUUGAAUAAUUUUGGCUUUUAUAGUUAUCUAUAUAAAUGUGUAUGUAUGUGUAUAUGUAUGUAUGUACGUAUAUAAUUUUUGAUGUUUUUGUCAAAGCAAAGGACUAUGUCUUAUAAACUAAAACAUAUCGUGAAUAAAUAUCCUGUGAUUUAAAAAGAAAAAAGGCUGAGGAAUUGACUCAGAGGGACCUCAAUUCAUAAAAAAAGAUUGUAAAUAAUCUUGGGCUUCCAGUCUUUUUUUAUAGUUAUUUUUCAUAAUUGUAAAACUAAUAAACGUUGGGAUUAGAAUUA